AUGUCAGAUGUACUGAAAUAUUUGUUAAACUCCAACAGUAAAAUAACUAAUCAAUCCACAAAGUUACCUCCAUUAUCUAUAACAGAAUCAAUAAAGAAUUCACCAAAAAAUAAAAGAUCACGAAUAUAUUCCUUGAAUCAAGACAUUACUUAAUUUGAAACCUCGAGAAUUGAUUUAACUUAACAAAUUGAGAAUGGAGAUUAUACAUUUAAGGAUUAAAUUUAAUAAUCUACUGCAAAAUAUCCAAAAUUGAGGAUGCCAGAAUAGACUGAGAGAUCUAUAGAUGCAAGUCCUUCGCUUUAAUCAAACAAAACACUCAAGAAGUUUAAAUAUCCUUCAAUGCUCGAGUCAAUCAGAUACAAAAAACAAAACUACCUCAGCUAAUAUUUGGAAGAGAAUGUCUAACUAUUUAGUGAACUUAUCAAGAAGAAAGAUCUAGAGAAAUUGAUAUAAUUUUUAAAUUAUCCCGUCCAAUAUUCCUAGGAAUUAAAUUAACUUAAAUUAUUUAACGAAUUGUUGUUUUUUGUUGCUUAUUUUGCCAAUACAAUUGUCUCUUUGAAUAAAGCAGCCUAUUUAUUAAAGGAUUGUCUGAAAGUAUCAGAAUUAAGUAGAGAUCAUAUCUUAAAAAUAAAAAUUCUAAUUCAAUUUUACCUGAUUGCCAAACAAUUGAAACAAUAUGAAUAAGCUCGCAAAUUUAUACAAAAAGCAUUAAAUUAUGCAUGGGCUGAUAACCUUGAAGAUUAUGAAAUUGAUUGUUAUGAUAAGUUGGGAAUGUGCUAUUUUUAUAUGGGCAACAUAAACAAAGCCAAUCAUUUCCACUCUAAAUGGGCUAAAUGUGAUGUUGAACCCAAGAAUUCUUAUUAUAGAUUAACAUCAAAAGAUUUUAUUAAAUUAUACGAAAAAUAAUUGCCAAUUUGUAAAGAAUUUGAUGACGUUAUUUCAAGAUAUCUUCAUGUCCCUUUCAUUAAUAUUAAAACAGGGUAAAUGUUUGAUUCACACUCAAUUAUCAAAUAUAAUAAUUGCAUUGCUCAAUCCAUUUUAGAUUCAAUUUUAUAAGGAACAGAUUUCCUUUAAUUUCAAAUCGAAUAUCAUUAUAUUGAUAUCAAAGCCAAAUAACAUUUAAAUAAAGCUGCUUUGCCUAGGAGAGCUGUGGAGAUUAUGGCUAAGUAUGAGAAAAAUAACGACAAAUAUAUAUUUGAUCACAAAAUUCAUGAAAAUCCAAUCUAUAAAUUAUCCUUAUAGGAUAGAGUUAAUUACAGAAAAACUAAAUCCUAUUCACUUGAUUAAGUAUAAAAAAAUAUAAGAAAAUAUAUUGCUGAGCAAAGGGAACCAUUCUAAAAGAGUGAUAAAGUGUAUGUUAAGGAGUCUUAAAGGAAAGAUCUUAUUCCCUAAAAUGCAAAUUAAUUGUCAAUAAGUUUUAAAAAGAUGUUUCAGAACAUUGUUAACUUAGAGUGA